AUGACAAUCAACGUUGUGUCUACAGUGGCCAUUGUCUUUACCAAUAAGUCGGUCCUCUCGCAUGCUAUGCUGCGGAAUUCCCAGGUGUCAUUCGCUGCCUAUCACUUCACUAUCACUGGCCUGACCCUCUGGGUCGCUUCUCGAACCUGGUGUGGAUGGUUCGAGCCUAAACAUGUCUCUCCAUAUCGCAUUAUCCACCUUGUUGCCGCUAUGUGUAUUCAGGUGAUUUUUCAGAAUCUCGCACUCGCACACUCCUCAGUGAUCUUUCACCAGCUGGCGCGACUGCUUCUUACACCUGCAACUGCAUUGCUCAACUACAUUCUAUACCAAUCCAGCAUCCCUCGUGCAGCGCUCCUCCCGCUUAUCGUGCUCUGCACUGGCGUAGGGGUUGUCUCCUACUAUGACUCCUUACCGACCUCACAUAGCACUGAAUCAACCUCAACCCAGGGCGUCUUCUUUGCUUUCUCUGGAGUGUGUGCUAGUGCACUAUACACCGUGCUGGUAGGUCGAUACCACACAAAGCUGCAGAUGAGCAGCAUGCAGCUUCUCCUCAACCAGGCUCCUGUCAGCGCAGCCGUUUUGCUCUGCGUCGCCCCUUGGAUGGAGACUUUCCCUACGAUCUCAUCUGUGCCGGAGUCCUUAUGGAUAUCUAUUUUGGCGAGCGGGAUCAUGGCAUGUCUGGUCAAUCUUUCCCAGUUCUAUAUCAUUGAUGCAGCAGGACCGGUGACCAGUACCGUCAUCGGGCAGUUGAAGACCUGCAUUAUUGUAGGUCUAGGAUGGGUACUAUCCGAUCACGUCGUUUCGCAUCAAAGCGUGGCAGGCAUAUUGAUGGCCUUGACGGGAAUGAGCUUAUAUAUGAAGAUCAUCAUAAAGCAUCAGAAGUGAUAUCUGCUGGCUAUAGUUAUAGUGCAUGUGGAUUGGUGAGCGGAG